ACAGGAUAUGCUAUUUAUGCACACAGAAUCAGAAAAUUUGAUAGAUCCUAAAUUAGCAGAUAUUGAUUCAUGGACAAAAGAAAACGGGAUAUAUCCUAGAAAAUCAUAUGAACUUGGUGAUAACCAUAGUGCCAGGCUGCAUCAAGCUUUAAAAUUAUGA